GGCAGUGAAGAAGGCGCUCCUGUGGAGACUGGUGGGCUUGGCGUCCCCCCGGGCUGGUACCAGCAGAGGCUGAACAUCCCUUUUGGAGGGAUAUUUAACUUGCAGGGACCUUCCAACCUAGCCUGUUGACUUCCUGAAAUUCAGUGGCUCAUCACCUUAGUCUCUAGGAAGCUUUGCUGGCUAAAACCAAGGCCAAUUCAGGUUAGCACCUCAUCUGUGGGUACUUUCCCAAAGCGAGUGAAAAUUGUGGAAGUUGGUCCCCGAGACGGACUACAAAAUGAAAAGAAUAUUAUACCUACUCCAAUGAAAAUCAAACUGAUAGACAUGCUUUCCGAAGCAGGACUCCCUGUUAUAGAAGCCACCAGCUUUGUGUCUCCCAAAUGGGUUCCCCAGAUGGCUGACCACGCUGAAGUCAUGAAGGGCAUCCAGAAAUUUCCCGGCAUCAGCUACCCAGUGCUGACCCCAAAUUUCAAAGGCUUCCAGGCAGCGGUUGCUGCCGGAGCCAAGGAAGUGGCUGUCUUUGGAGCUGCCUCCGAGCUCUUCAGCAAGAAGAACAUCAACUGCUCCAUAGAUGAGAGUGUGCAGCGGUUUGACGAAAUCUUGAAGGCAGCUCGGGCAGCCAGUAUCCCUGUGCGGGGGUACGUCUCCUGUGUGCUUGGAUGCCCCUACGAAGGGAAGAUCUCCCCAGCUAAAGUAGCUGAGGUCGCCAAGAAGAUGUACUCAGUGGGCUGCUAUGAGAUCUCUCUGGGGGACACCAUUGGCGUGGGCACCCCUGGGACCAUGAAGGAUAUGCUGUCCGCUGUCAUGCAUGAGGUGCCAGUGGCUGCCCUGGCUGUCCACUGCCAUGACACCUAUGGCCAGGCCCUGGCCAACACCUUGAUGGCCCUGCAGGUAAUCAGGAUGGGAGUGAGUGUCGUGGACUCUUCUGUGGCGGGACUUGGAGGCUGUCCCUAUGCACACGGAGCAUCAGGAAACUUGGCCACCGAGGACCUGGUCUACAUGCUGGCCGGCUUGGGCGUUCAUACGGGUGUGAACCUCCAGAAGCUCCUGGAAGCUGGGGCCUUUAUCUGUCAAGCCCUGAGCAGAAGAACCAGCUCCAAAGUGGCUCAGGCUACCUGUAAACUGUGAGCCCCUUGCCCCCCGAAGCCCUGGGGGACUGUGUGGGAACAGGGACGUGUGGAUGACUCACAGAUGGGCAUGUGGAAAUGAGAAUGAAAUCAACAGGAGUAGGCACCUCACUGCCAGCUCUGCACCUAGGUCUCUCCUGGCGGAAAGGAGGUGGACUGGAGUCGCCUGGCCUCAGGCCCUCCCUCCCUGACCUGAGUAUGAAUGAGAGGCUUGGGCAGCUGGAGGUCUCCCUUCACCAUGGACCCAAAGGCCCAGGAGUUGGAUGCCUGCGGGCACUUGGGAACCCAAUUCUCUGACUUGGGUUGAUCCUCAAGUCUCAUCUCUGGGUGAAACCUGCCAGUUGGCCACUCUACACAGCUUGAUGCUGCCAUAUCCUUGGGGCCAUCGCUCGCUGACUUUGUAGGGCAAAGGGGCAGGGAGGAGUUUUUCCCUCAGCUGACAGAGGGCAUUUGGUGAAGGGGUGAGGGCUGAGCUGUGGUGGCCACCUGCCAACUCCAGCACCUCUGGAAAAUCUCCACUUUGAACAUGAUUGUUGAAAAUAACUUAUGUAAUUAAAAGUUUAAUGACAUAA